AUUGUGACACCAUUAGAAAUUGGUUUGAUCCAAAGACAGACAGAUGGCUGAAAGUGGUGGAAAAGAAAAAGGAAGAUGGACAACCACUGUUAUUAUUAGCUCAUCUCUUAAGAAUAAUGAAGUUGCCACUGCCCUAGAAAAUCGAAGCCAUAAAGUUCGGUAUUCAGAUUCAGUGGAAAGUGGAUCAAUUAUAUUUUCUCUUUCUGGAGUAGCAUUUUUAUUGAUGGACACUAAAGAAUGCUUUAUGUCAACUGAAGAAUUAUUUCUAGACAAAAUUGAGAAGUUUACUGAUAUUCACCGAAAUAGUUUUUUGGUUCUGUCUGCUGCCCUCCAUGGGCCUGAAGAAUGGAAACUGAUGUUCAGGAUUCAGCAGAGAUUCCUGGGUAGUAACUUACGAAUACUUCCAGUACACAACGUAGUAAAUGCUAUUAAUCUUAUGUGUACUAUAGCUAAGACUGCCUCCAAACCAUACAUAGAUACCGUCUGCUACAGAAUGAUAACAACUAAAGCUUAUAUAAUUGAGCAAAGUCCUGUUUGGAAAACACUUCAAAAGAUAAAACUGAGUAGUGAUUCAAUUAACCCAAAUUAGACUAUCCAUUAUAUGUGAUCUUUGGAAGAAUGUUAAAAUAAUUAGACCUGUUACAAUGUUCAAAUAUGUAUUUACUUUAAAGAUGUUUAUACUAAUUUAAAAUAGUAACAUGUAUACAAUUAAAAAAGUGAUUUUAGGAAUU